UUAGCUUUAGUAAUACUUAUAAUACUAAUUAUUUUAAGCUGUUUUUUUUUUAAGUUACUAAUACGUUCGGCCUUAUUAAUAAUAAAAAAACUAAGAGGUUUUUAG